AUGCACAUCCGCCCACUCGAAGCGGCAGACAUCCCGGAGGUCGCCUCCAUCCUGGCCGAUGCUCUGUUGGAUGAUGAACUCUGGGCGUGGCUUGCUCCGAACCGGUUGAAAUACUAUUCCGAAUACCGGGCUGGCUUCUUGAUGCGAACCAAGGUACGGUUCUCGACCCCCGGAUGGGUCCUCAAUGUUGCUGUUACAGAUCCUGAAGAUGAGGUCGGGAGAGAGCAUCGUCAGGAGCAUGGCCAAGGGUGGCUAGAGAGACGGCUGCUAAACCUACAACUGCGAUACGCCGAUAUGUUCAUCCAAAACAACGCCAUCGAUAGUUCCAGGCUACGAACUUACGCCUCAGCAACGGCCGGUAACUUCCCGUCAGACAUUUUUCCAGAGCUCUGGUAUGUCGGCAUGCUCGCAAUUCACCCCGGAUAUCAGCGGAUGGGAAUUGGGAAAAUGCUGCUGCAGUGGGGAAUAGAGCAAGGGAUGGCGGAGAAUGUACCCGUGGGAUUGGAGCCCAGUCUCAAGGGGGCCGGACUAUAUAAGAAACUUGGAUUCCGGGACCUGGGAACUGUGGAGCUAAUGGGAAAGGAAUGGGUAGCCAUGAUGCUCUGGGAGCCUCCGGACCUGAGCGCUGAGGAGAGCUGGUUUGAACGGGCAACAGAAGCGGAGCGGAAGAAGGAAGAGGAGAAAAUGAUGCUCAAGGGGGUGGAAUAA